AUGGCGAAGAGCGGCAAGUCGGCCGAGGCGGCGACCUCCACGGCCCCUCCUCCAAGCCCCUCCCCAGCCAUAAAGCCUAAGGCGAAGCCCCGGCUGGAAAUCGAGGGGUACCCCGUGGAGGGCAUCUCCAUCGGCGGGCACGAGACGUGCGUCAUCUUCCCGACGCUGAGCCUCGCCUUCGACAUAGGCCGGUGCCCGCAGCGCGCCGUGGCGCAGGACUUCCUCUUCAUCUCGCACGCCCACCUCGACCACAUCGGGGGCCUCCCCAUGUACGUGGCCACGCGGGGGCUAUACAGGCUGCGCCCGCCCACCAUCUUCGUCCCCAAGUACCUCAGGGAGCUCGUGGAGCGGCUGUUCGACGUGCACCGCGCCAUGGACCAGUCCGAGCUCAACCACACCCUCGUCCCACUCGACAUUGGCGAGGAGUAUGAGCUCAGGAGGGAUCUCAAGGUCAGGGCCUUCAAGACCUACCAUACCAUACCCAGCCAGGGGUACGUGAUAUACUCGGUGAAGCAAAAGCUCAAGCAGGAUUAUCUUGGCCUCCCAGGAAGCGAGAUCAAAAGGUUGAAGCUAUCAGGCGUGGAGAUUACUAAUACAGUGAUAACACCCGAGGUUGCUUUCACUGGGGAUACGAUGUCAGAUUUCAUUCUUGAUCCUGAUAACGCAGACGUAUUGAAGGCGAAAAUUCUUGUGAUGGAGAGUACUUUUCUUGAUGACUCUGUCUCGAUUGAGCAUGCAAGGGAAUAUGGGCACAUACACUUGUUUGAGAUUGCGAAUCACUCUGAGAAGUUUGAAAACAGAGCCAUUCUACUAAUUCACUUUUUGGCUCGUUAUACAACAGAGGAAAUUGAUGCAGGGAUAAGUAGAUUGCCCCCGUCGUUCCGAAGCAGAGUUUAUGCGUUGAAAGAGGGCAUCUGA